AUGGAUGAUAAAAAGCGAAGAAAGCCUAAGAAAGGUGACACGGCAGCUAAUGACAUGCAGCCAACUCCUUUUGAAUUAGAAGUUUGCAAAUAUAUGUUCAGGAAAUUGCCCACAAAGGAUGGUCGUCUCGCAGGUUGUCUUGUCAAUUAUUUUAAGGCUAAUGAAGCCGUUGAGUUCUUACUUAAAUCCCCUUGGGCCAUUCUUCCAAGUGGUAAAAAAGACUCGAAAUCUAUUUGCUUUUCGAAUCGUGAAGUUACAAUUAGAUUUAUGGAAAAAUUAAUCGAAAAACGACUUAUUGGCCGAGCCUUGAAAGUUAAACGAAAAAAGAAAGAUGACGAUAAAAGCAUUAAGAUUCGUAAAACCAACAAUUCCAAAGAAAAAUCAAGGAAGACUAUUACUUCGGGCCUAGAUGGUGAAUCCGGAGCUUCGUCUGAAGUUAAAAGUGGUACGAAGCCCACCACGAGAGAAGGUUCUUUCAUGUCAAUGUUUUCCUCUUCCCCAAUGUCGAAGCAUCGAAAGCCUGUCCGAUUGGAAUAUGCAGCCGAUCAGGUCUUUUAUGUGGAUAGUAAACCAGAUGAAAGUGGAGCGGAGGAUGUUUACGUAUGGAUCUAUGAAGCCCCACCUAGUCUUAAAACGUGGCUUAUGGGUUUUGCCCUGAUUGCCAUUGUGCUCCUCCUUUGUGCUCACCCUUUGUGGCCAUCUUCUGCUCUCCAAGGUCUGCACUACCUAUUUACAGCCGGUUUGUCUUUUGUUGGUCUUAUUGCGCUACUUACCUUGAUGCGGCUAAUCAUAUUUGGGGCUAUUUUCAUCUCUUCACUCGGGAAAUUACAAGUGUGGGUCUUCCCGAACCUCCUGGCUGAUUGUGGUUUCUUUGAGUCUUUUCGACCUCUUUAUUCUCUUGAAAGGGUUGUCCCUUCUAUUUCUGUCUCAUCUCCAUCUUCUGUUGUAAAAUCUGAGGAAGCUAAAGCUGACUUGUAA